GUCAGUGCUGCAGCCUAUCUCUUGUAGUAGCUGAGUAGCUUAGCUGCUUUGCAAAACCUCUCCCUCUCCUUCCUUCCUCUCUCUCUUAUCCUUCUAAUAUAUUGACCACAAAUAUUUCAUCUCUCCAAUUCAAAGUUAUUCCAAAACCAAAGGAAAAAAAAAAGAGAGAAGAAGAAAUGGCCAAAUCUGCAACAAGACCUAAAUUACUCUUACUAUUCUUCACAUUAAUCUUUGCAGCAUAUGUUUUACAAGGAUCCAGAACCCAAGUAGCAGCACUUCCACACCAGCAAAGGGUCUAUGAUUCUUCUCCCCCACAAGAAGAACAACAACUUAAGCAGAGCAGGAAGGAAACCAUGAACUACGCAAGGAGAUUGAUGAUUGGAUCCACAGCCCCAACAUGCACUUUUAAUGAGUGCAGAGGGUGCAAGUUCAAGUGCAGAGCAGAGCAAGUGCCAGUGGAGGGAAACGACCCAAUUAAUAGUGCCUACCACUACAGAUGUGUGUGCCAUAGGUAAAAAAAAAAAAAAAAAAAUCUGAUAGAGAUCAUUUCAUCAUCAUCACAUUGUGAGUUUGAGAGUCCCAUUUUUGCUGGUAUGGCCAGAAUUAAGUUAGUGGGGGGAGUAGAGUGUUUAAUUUGGAUGUUGUAGUGUAUGCUCUGAAUUUCAAUGAUGAAAAGGCUCAUGAAUUUUUGUUAA